AUGGGUUUGCUAUCUCUAGGGACUCCCUUGGACUGGCACGAGCUGAAGAAGCAUAACGAACAUGUCCGUGAUAAUGGUAUCGAGCAGCUCAUAAACAUUUUUCGCCAGCAUUCAGCCAGACUGAAGGACCAUUUCUACUGGGGCGAUGAGGUCGAGUAUAUGUUGGUGGACAUCGAUAGUUCCAGAAAGACAGCACGUUUAGCUAUUGACAAGGAUCUGAUUUUGGAUGAUCUCAACGAUCCCGCAAAGCCUGAAAUCUCGGGAAAGGCCAUCUCGAACAACGUUUCUUUCCAUCCAGAGUAUGGCAGAUACAUGAUUGAAGCCACACCGCUCAGGCCUUACGAUGGUAACUCUCUUGAGGACUACGUCUACGUCGAGGAAAAUAUGAUCAAAAGACGUGAGGUGUCUCAAUCAGAGCUUCCAGCAAACAUCGUGCCUUUGACAUUGACGACAUAUCCUCGCAUGGGUUGCGGUGACUUCACUUCUCCCAAGGCCAAGCCUAUUGGUCCAGCCUCCCAAUCGCUUUUCUUGCCUGACGAAAUUAUAAAUAGACACGUCAGGUUUCCAACUCUUACUGCUAACAUUCGGAAGAGAAGAGGGCACAAGGUUGCGAUCAAUUUGCCUAUCUACCCGGAUACGAACACCAAACUCAUAGAUGAUAGUAUCCCUAAGCGUGACUUGUUCCCUUCAGACGAAGAGCCUUUCAUUGGAGCAUCUCAGCCUGGUCAUGUUUAUAUGGAUUCUAUGGGUUUUGGCAUGGGAUCAUCCUGUCUUCAGAUUACCGUUCAGCCAUCUGACAUUCAUCAAGCCAGGUACUUGUAUGAUACCUUGGCUCCGCUCACACCAAUUCUUAUGGCCGUAUCUGCUGCCGCUCCAAUCUUCAAGGGGUUCUUGGUGAACCAGGAUGUUCGCUGGAAUGUCAUCAGCGGGGCUGUUGACGAUAGAACGUUUUUGGAGCGUGACAUCAAGCCUUACAAGGGCGCAGACUUUUUUGGUGGAUUGGAUGUUACCCAUGAGGUAAAAGAUCAUUUUGAGCUGCUUGGUGGAGGUCCCGGAGUCAAUGGCGAUCGCAUCAUUAAUGAGUACGGUGACACUACGAUCAAGACACUCGAUGGUAAGCCUGUUCAGAAAGUUCCAAAGUCUAGAUACGAGUCGAUUGACACAUAUUUGGGAGACCAGGGUUACCAUGACGAGCCGUACUUUGACAAGUCGUACAACGACAUCUACUCGCCAGUCAACAAGAAAGUGUAUGACAAACUCACUUCCACAAAGCUCUUUGACCCACUUUUGGCUCACCAUUUCGCCCACCUUUUUAUUAGAGACCCGCUCGUUAUUUUCAGCGAAAGAGUCAACCAGGACAAUACUCUCGAGAACGACCACUUCGAGAACCUCCAAUCCACAAACUGGCAGACAUUAAGAUUUAAGCCUCCUGCUCUAUACCAAGAGGGCGAACAACUCUCUGAGAAGCCUGGGUGGAGAGUUGAGUUCAGACCACUUGAGAUUCAGCUCACUGACUUUGAGAAUGCUGCUUACUCCGUUUUCAUUACGCUUGUUAGCAAAGCUAUCCUUAAAUUCAACCCAGACUUUUACACACCUAUUUCGAAGGUUGACAAGAACAUGAAGACCGCUCAUGGCGUGGAUGCCUCCACAGACUCCAGAUUCUGGUUCCGGAACCCGUCAAGGUGGCGUCUCAACAACGAGGAUUUCAAGGGAUAUGAUCUUACAUGGUUUGAUCGCUUUGUUAACGACGGAAACGAUCUUUUCGACGACAAUGGUGUUUACCUUAAUGGCUAUGUGGAAGUGAAUAACGAUGUGGUUGAGAAUGGCACAGAUGUUAGCGAUACAUGCAACGAUGUCAAACUCAGUGCUCUGGAGCUUAUUGAUGGUCUGGACUCCUUCCCAGGUCUCAUCAAGCUCGUUGUCAAACUCAUCGCUACGGAACUCAUUCCUUCCAACUGGCAGAACAAGAGCCACCAUUGCAAGAGCCGGCAGUUCGCGAAGGAAUUGGAGCUUCUUCGUAACUACUUGAAACUCAUCAGUUUUAGAGCUUCUGGCAAGAUCCCUACAAUUGCACGUUUCCUUCGGGACUUUGUUCUAAGGCAUCCCGACUACAAGCAAGACUCAAAAGUCAGCGAUCGGAUUAAUUACGACUUGGUUCAAGCCAGCGUGGCCAUCACGAACCUAGACUUUAAGCAUCACAGUGACCUUCUUGAGGAAUACUUCGGUGAAGAAAUAGCCGGCUUUUUGUCGGCACGCAGUGCCGCAGGCAUCGCUUAA